AUGGAAUCUAUAGACUGGCUUAUGAAACUGCCAGAAGCGACCUUAGAAACGAAUGCAGUCAACACUAUGUCUCAAGUAGCAACAACAGAUCUAAUAACCAAAUGGAUGAGGAUGGAGAUGAUGUCAAACUCCAACUCCAUGCUGACUGUGAAUGGGGAUGAAGUGAUAGAUUGGAUGUCAAUGACAAUGGAGGAAAUCAACAAGGUACUGAACCCAGAAAUACUUCCACCAAUCCAGAAUAUGCACCAACCAUCAUCUGGCAAGAAUCUGCUGGAAGCUGUAACGAAUCUGGAUCACAUUGGAAUGGAAGUGACAGCAAUGACAGCACCAAUGAAAAUUUCUGACAUAUCUGUGAAAUCGAAAAUGACAGAAGGACCAUUAAAUAUGUCAUAUGUGAAGGACACCCCUGGUUUUGCUUGGGAACAACAGAGGAGAAUGAAUGACCCCCAAGAAACAUCAGAUACUCUGACAAUGAUUAUGAAGAAGAAAUGGUGUAUUCAGAAAGAUGCGAAACUCCCUAUGAUCACCUGUUAUAUGAACAGGAUUAAGAUUGAAGGGGAGAAAGAAAAAGUGCCAGGAUCAAGACCUAAAUCCAUGGAUCAAGUCAGAGAAAAUCAGCAAAAGAAAAAACUGUUAGUAGGGGAAGGCUGGAGGGAGAUGUGGGAAGAGGUGAAAAAGGAGAUGGAAUUAGAAUUAAAAGGAGAGAAGGGAUUGAGCAAGGAGAUGUAUUAUAUAAUAGGAUGUGUAUUGGAAAAUUAUAAGAAAGGGAAAAAAGAGUUGUCUCAACAUUGA